GUCUUCUGGUUCUCUCCGUCAUUCUGGACUCGCGAGUCACCGGGUCGAUUGACAAUCAGAGCAGAGGAGAGAGAAAGGGACUGUGGCCAUGGCGGAUCAACAGGACUUGCCUGAGGGAACGAUGCAGAACUUAUUGGAUCAAGAGACUCUGAAGUGGGUCUUUGUUGGAGGGAAAGGCGGUGUGGGCAAGACCACCUGUAGCUCCAUUCUUUCGAUCCUUCUCUCCAGGGUUCGAAGCUCUGUUCUGAUCAUCUCCACCGACCCCGCUCACAACCUCAGUGAUGCUUUUCAGCAACGCUUCACGAAGAUCCCCACUUUGGUUAAUGGCUUUACAAAUCUUUAUGCUAUGGAGGUGGAUCCUACCGUUGAACAUGAGGAUGUCGGUGGUUCUGAUGGAAUGGAUAGCAUGUUCUCAGAACUAGCUGGUGCUAUACCUGGAAUUGAUGAGGCAAUGAGCUUUGCUGAGAUGCUGAAAUUGGUGCAGACGAUGGAUUAUUCUGUUAUAGUAUUCGAUACUGCUCCAACUGGUCAUACACUCAGACUGCUGCAAUUUCCAUCAAUUCUAGAGAAGGGUCUUGCAAAAGUGAUGUCUUUGAAAAACAAAUUUGGUGGUUUGUUUAAUCAGAUGUCAAGCAUGUUUGGCAUGGGUGAUGAUUUUGCCGAGGAUGCAUUACUUGGGAAGCUUGAAGGCAUGAAAGAUGUAAUUGAACGAGUUAACAUGCAAUUCAAGGAUCCUGACAUGACGACUUUUGUCUGUGUCUGCAUUCCGGAGUUCCUCUCUCUAUAUGAAACAGAGAGACUGGUUCAGGAGCUAACAAAAUUCGAGAUUGACACACAUAAUAUCAUCAUCAAUCAAGUGCUUUAUGAUGACGAAGAUGUUGAAUCCAAGUUACUUAAAGCAAGAAUGAAAAUGCAACAGAAGUACCUAGACCAGUUUUACAUGUUGUAUGAUGACUUUAACAUUACCAAGCUGCCAUUGCUGCCGGACGAGGUUACUGGGGUUGAAGCUUUGAAAGCAUUUUCAUCCCAUUUUUUGACCCCAUACCAACCUGCAUCAAGUGGAGAUCCAGUAGAACGGUUAGAGCGCAGAAUAUCAACAUUAAGGAAGCAGUUAAAUGAGGCUGAAGCAGAACUGGAGAGACUCAAGACAAGCUGAUUGUCCUUUUAUCGAUAUUGCCAUUUUUGGUCCAAAUUUUUUUCCCCCCAAUUUAUUAUCAGAUAACGCAUCUAUCCUGCUUCGGGCUGCCAAGAUAAGGUUAAUCUUCUAUUUUGCUUCCCGCCCAAAAAAAAAAAAGGUAAAUCCAAAAGGAAAUUAUUGAGGUUAGCCUAAUUUGUCUCUUGGAGUAUUCUUACCUUGUAAUUUCCAGAUUUUUUUUUUCCAAGGUGGUAGAAUACAUCUUAAUAUGCUAAACGAGGAUUUAUUCUUAGAUAGUCGAAGUCAAUUUAUAAAUAAGAACAAUGUAGCAUGUUCAGUAUAUUCACGAUUCUUCUGUUCUUUUGAUCUUCCAUAAGUUGAAUCUACAUGAGAGUUUCUGGUUUA